AUGGUAUUGGCAGGGAUAUUCUUCAUGGUGCUGCUGCAACAAGCUGCAGGCAUGAAAAAUCCCUCAUUUUCCUCCUUAUUGACGAAUCAUGUAUCAGUCCAAAUGGAAAUUAUUAACAAGCACAAUGAUCUAAGGAGGAUGACAAAUCCCACUGCUCGCAACAUGCUGAAAAUGAAUUGGAAUGCAGAAGUUGCAAAGAAUGCUGAAAAUUGGGCAAAGAAAUGCACCCUGUCUCACAGUCAUCCAAAUCAGCGAAAAAUUCGUUUUGCUGGUUGUGGAGAGAAUUUGUUCAAGUCCACUCAACCCAUGUCAUGGUCUAAUGUAAUCCAAAGUUUAUACAAUGAACACAAAAAUUUUAAAUACGGAUUUGGAGACACUCAAGGAAAUGCUAAAACUGGCCAUUACACCCAGAUUGUUUGGGCCACUUCCCACCAGCUUGGCUGUGCAUUAGCCCACUGUCCCCAAAAAACCUUUCGGUACUACUAUGUUUGCCAAUAUUGUCCUGUGGGAAAUAACAGAAGAAUCAUCAAGACCCCAUAUAAAAGAGGAAAACCAUGUGGAGACUGCCCUGAUUAUUGUGACAAUGGGCUUUGCACCAAUCCCUGCAUGUAUGUGGAUAAGUACAGCAAUUGUGCCGAUAUACUCAGAGUAGAAGGCUGUGAUACAACACUAAUGAAAGAAAACUGUCAAGCUACCUGCAAGUGCUCUUCAGAAAUAAAAUAA